UUUGACAGUAAUUUUGCGAACUAAAUUAUUGUUAUUUACCUAAAUUGUUAGAUAACUUUGUUCAAGUAUCAAUAUAAAUUACCCAGGAUAUUUGAACGACUGUACAAACUAUGCAUUAAAUAGAUGGUACUGCGAAUUGGUCCACCAUGGAUUUCUUUUCAGAGAUCAUCAGCGAAACCGUUAUACUCGGCAUAGAUUCUCUGAUAUUGGGAUUUUGUGUUAAACAGCUGACUAAAUGUAAACAUAUAUUGAAUGCUUUACAGUCCGCACCAGUAUUAGACAUAGACUCAACAUUAAACAAGGAAAUCAAUAAAUACCCCAGUCAUGCAAUCCCAUAUGUGGUGAUCCGAGGCCUGGUGAAGCCACUGGGUAAUCCUAUCACCAGCAACUAUAAUCAGUCCGUAACAGGAGUAAUUCAGAGGCUGACAAUAAAAGAGCAUGUAAUAGCUAGAACAUCAGCUGGGUUUUGGUCAGAUCAGACUCGCACAAUACAUGAAGUGUGCAAUUCAACUCCAUUUGUUCUCAGCAAUGGCAAAUAUAACAUUGAAGUUGUAGAUGCAUUAGCAGCAGAAUUGUUAGAUCUGGAUGUUAUAUCAGACAAAUUCGAGCCCAUGUCGCCGGGUGUCAUAGACCACGUGUGGGGCUUUUUCUCUGGGGUGCGACAGCGCGGCCUUCAGACCAUGGAGGAGAUGUUACGGGACGGCUCCUACAUCACCGCUAUAGGGGAGUUAAGCGGGACCAGCGCUGGCCUCAAGAUCCAGCCGCCCAGGGAUGGGUUGCCGCUUUAUUUGACGACAGCUACUAAAUCUAGUUUAUUGAAGAGGCUUGCGAGUUCACGGGAUUUCUUGAGAAUCCUCAUGGUAGUUUUCGGCACGGUGGCCGCGCUGGCCUCCGGGCGCAUAGUGUACAAGUAUCUCAAGAAGCGCCGGCGCCGCGAGGCCGAGGAUUUGAUGAAGAAACAGCUCGCGGCGGGCCGCAGAGAGCGGCGCGCGCACACCAGGGACAAAAACCUCAGCGAAGUGCAGCUGUGUGUCGUGUGCACUGAGAACCCCAAAGAGAUAAUUCUCCUGCCAUGCGGGCACGUUUGUCUCUGCGAGGACUGCUCGGAGAACAUCCGGGACAAGUGCCCCAUCUGCCGGGAGCGGAUAGACUCCCGGGCGCCCGCUUUCAUCACGUAGACUGUUACCAUACCAUUUAUUUGCACCCUAAACCCUCUUAAGAAAUGUACAGUGAUACACUACUAUAAUAUUUUUUCUCCACUAAUAUACAGCUUACUCUGACAUAUUGUAUAUAGGAGUAAUAUCUAGGUUUACCGAAUCGAAAGAACUACAAUCGUGUCGGCAGACACUAGGCAUUGUCAGUGACAAAGAAUAUCGUUGUUUAUAUUCAAAAUGAAAUUGGUAUUUAAUUUCAAAAAAUAAAACUGCAAAAUCUAUCGAUCCGCCAAAAUUAUGGCGACACGUCUAUAUGAACCUAAUUUUGUACAGCUUGAACUUCGAAAAUAUCUGCUUACAUCAAAUAUUUUGCUAGUUUUUUGGUAACCCUUAGUACAGUUUCGCAUAUAAAACUAUACCGUCAAAGUAAAAUGAACCUAUAUCUUUUGGUUGAGAAUCACCAUUCCUGUACUUCUGAUUUUCAUUACAAACGUUUUCUAGCCAAGUUUGAGCUUUAAUACAAUAUACCUAAGAUCAAUUUUACUCUAAUGGUCAAGUAUUUCGAUUCGAAAACGACUUCCAUAGCAAGCAAAUCUUGUACUAAAAGUAUAAUACAAAAAUCAGUUUCUAGUCGCGUUGGUGCUUCGUUUUUUGUUUAGUUAUUACGCGUUGUUGACUUGUUUUGAGUUCCUUUAAUUUAUUAUAUCUGUUUGAUAGAUUUUAUAAACUUGAAUUGCACUUUAAGAGUAAACUAAACUCGUCCGAUGGCGUUAAUGUAUGUUUUGUAAAGUUGCUAACGCACUUUCCCGACCUACCAGACUGAUGCUCGUUUUCACUAAAUUUAGGAAUCGACUUAAUCGGAUGCCUAGUGAUUUAGGUGAGAAAAAAAAAACAUUUUACGAACUCUUAUGUGAUAUAUAACGAUGUAAGGCGCCGUCUUAAGUUACGACACCGAUUCGGCGGAUCGUAAGUUUAGAGGACUCGUAAACUGUCAAAAAUAUAUAAAUCCGUUUUUUUAAUAACCUUAAUUCGUUACGAAAAAUAUGAUAAUACAAACACAAAUUACCUAACUUUGUGUUUGUAUUAUCAUAUUGACAUGCAUCAUAGACAAGUUAGGUUUUAUGAGUUUUAUUUAUUUGAUUUCAUGAGUUGCUUAGUUAAAAUCGAUUCGUACAAGGUAAAUGUAUCCUAGGAAUCUUCUCUGAUUAGGCUUUACUUUUUACGUAUUAUUCGUAAGUUGGGAUUUUGGAAUUGUGUGGUGUGACUUUAAGAAGGUGCAGAUAUUUCGACAUAAUCCCACCAAUAGUUAAAACGAUGCUCAAAAUCGAAUUAUGCUAUGAUAUACCUAUUAAAGCUGUCAGCGUCGGUUUCUGUAUUUAUAACUAAAAAUGUUUUGUUCUGUUUGUAAGAGAGACGAAAAAGCUAUUGAAAAAAAUGUUUUCUGUUUAUAAGAGAUACGAAUAAGCUAAUGAUGUAUGGGCGAAAGUUAGAUUGAAAUAAAACUAUUUUAAUAUUAUAA